CCGACGCAGCAGCCCUGCCUUUUAUUACCGCUGACGUCCCUCUGCCUCCCUCUUUCUCUUGUCAGUGUGGCUUCUGGAGGGGUUAUCCCAUUUUUCCUCCAUCUUCUUGGUAGAAAAACAAAUGUAAUGUUUCCGGGGAGCCGCUGCUGCUGCUGCUGCUCACCCGGGUGACCUUUCAUUUACCGAAAAAGCUGUUGGAGCCGAACCGAAUGAGAGGAGCUAAGGGGCGGACUGGACCAAGAGGAAGAACCGGAGACUUGACUGGGAGGCUGCACAUCCGCCGCUGUCUUUAAUCCAACCGCAAUUUGCCAUUGAUUUCUUUUCCAAGGCUCCGGACACCUUUCUGUAUUUGAAAUGUCGUGUAAGACGGUUCCUGGUUGUGUUUCCGUGACAGUUUUUUCGUGGGAGCCACCCUUUUGACGUUUGUCACCCUGAAAAAUCACAUUAGCUAGCUUAGGGGAAAACUCCCCCUUUUUUCCUCAACUCGACCCGCGGUGGUCGCUCAGAGCCCGCGGCUGUUUUUCCUUUUAUUUCCUACCCUCAUCACUUGCUUCAAUGGUUGAGUUUCAUCUCCUUUCUCACCACAUGACCGAUGCAACUGAAAGUAAACUGAUGACCACCGGUUUUUUUUUAUUACCGAGCCAACCCGUGUGAACCGACAUGGUACGAUAGCGUCUGCGAAGGAUUGGGGGAAAGUGAGAAGCUAGGUGGGGGGUUCAGUCUGGGUUGUUUUUCUUUUUUCUCUGUUGUUGUUUUUCUUCAGAUGAGCCUGGGUUGGUACCAACAACACCAGACAGACAUGAGGUGGAUGUAGUUUGUUUUUUUAUGCAUCAAUUUAAGCUGGAUCACUGUCUUGGUGAUCUGUGCUGCCUUCGCGGACUGUGACAAUGAGGAUUGUAUGAGAAGUGAGUCUGUUUUUUUCUGGUCUGAUUGACCGCCAGGCUAAUCUGGGGUGUUCUUUUUAUACCCAGUGUGAACACGAACCUACAGCCCACUUAUUUAUUUUUCUGGUGGACGACGAAGCGCACUCAGGGACGAACAUGUCUUUACGCACGGCACUGCCUGGGAACGAGCGGAACCCAGACCAUCAUACCUCCCUGUCAGCCAGCCGCUCAGAGAAGGGCACCGGCUGGUCGAGCCGCUCGCUUGGUGCCCGAUGUCGUAACUCCAUCGCCUUGUGUUCAGAUGAGCAGCCACACAUUGGAAACUAUCGGCUGCUCAAAACCAUCGGCAAGGGCAACUUUGCCAAGGUCAAACUAGCACGACACAUACUGACUGGCAGAGAGGUUGCAAUAAAGAUCAUCGAUAAAACGCAACUCAACCCAACCAGCCUACAGAAGCUGUUUCGAGAGGUACGCAUCAUGAAAACUCUCAACCAUCCUAACAUAGUGAAGUUGUUUGAGGUGAUUGAGACUGACAAGACUCUUUACCUGGUCAUGGAGUACGCCAGCGGAGGCGAAGUGUUCGACUACCUCGUGGCUCACGGCAGAAUGAAGGAGAAAGAGGCCAGAGCCAAGUUCAGACAGAUUGUCUCGGCAGUGCACUACUGUCAUCUGAAGAACAUUGUUCACAGAGACUUGAAGGCGGAGAACUUGCUACUAGAUGCCGACUCCAACAUCAAAAUAGCUGACUUUGGCUUCAGCAACGAGUUCACUGCAGGCAGUAAACUGGACACGUUCUGCGGCUCUCCGCCAUAUGCCGCCCCAGAGCUCUUCCAGGGGAAGAAGUACGACGGUCCAGAGGUGGACAUCUGGAGCCUGGGUGUCAUCUUAUACACACUGGUCAGUGGGUCCUUACCCUUUGACGGACAGAACCUAAAGGAGCUGCGGGAGCGUGUUUUGAGGGGGAAAUAUCGUGUCCCCUUCUACAUGUCAACAGACUGCGAGGCAAUCCUGCGCCGCUUCCUGGUCCUCAACCCUUCCAAGCGCUGCUCGCUGGAGCAAAUAAUGAGAGAUAAGUGGAUUAAUGUCGGCUAUGAUAGUGAUGAGCUGAAGCCCCACAUAGAGCCUGAGGAGGACUUUAACAACACAAGCCGCAUUGAUGUGAUGGUUGGGAUGGGCUUUACCAGAGAUGAGAUCAGAGAUUCGCUGUCUAGUCAUAAGUACAAUGAGGUCACCGCCACGUACCUGCUGCUGGGACGCAACAAUGAGACGGAAGGCAAUGAGUCUCGGUCGGGCAGCAGUCUAAGUCUAGCUCGAGUCCGACCCAGCGCCAUCACCAACGGAACCAGCAAACACACCACUUCAUCUUCUGGGGCAACUUCUUCCUCCUCUGGCCACAAGGCACAGCGCAGCGCCUCCACUUACCACCGCCAGAGAAGACACUCUGACUUCUGUGGUCCAGCCGUUCCAGGGUCGACACAUCCCAAGCGGAGUCCCAGUGGAGUAGGCGAAGGCGCAGGGCUUAAGGAGGAGCGGCUGUCGAGCCGCAAGCCGAGUACUAGUACUGUUGGCUCCCGUAGCAUCCCAACCCCUUCCAGUCCCAUGGUUAGCUCCGCUCACAACCCAAAUAAGGCUGAGAUACCCGACCGGCGCAAGGAAGUUAAUGCAACUACAAAUAACAUUCCUGCCAGUGCCAUGACUCGAAGAAACACGUAUGUCUGUACAGACCGAUCCAGCACUGAUAGACACACGCUGCUGCAAAAUGGCAAGGAAAACAGUUCCAUAUCCCACCGCCUGCCCCCCGCCUCCCCCUCAACCCAUAGCAUUGCUGGUGCCUCUGGGGCCUCCUCCUCGUCCUCGACGCCCUCCUCUCGCCUCUCAAGGGGAUCCACGGUGAGGAGCACCUUCCAUGGAGGGCAGAUCAGAGACCGACGCCCUCCCUCCCAUGCUCCCCCAGCCUCCCCGACACCGUCCCAUGACGCCAGCCCGCUGCCCCACGCCAGGACCCGGGCCACAACCAACCUGCUAAGCAAACUCACCUCCAAGUUGACCCGCAGGGUCACUCUUGACCCUUCUAAACGUCAGAGCUCAAACAAGUCCAUGUCGGGCUGCACCCUCCCACAGGGGACAAAAACAGUUAACGAACCUGAGAGAAUCAGCAGAUCUCCGGUCACAAGGGUUUCUGCAGAUACUGCAGAUGAAGGCAUUUUAUUCAUGAACCUCAAUCGCCAUCUAUCUGGGCAUCAGAAAGCGGCCGAGCCCCGGACCCCCCGAUGCGGCUGGGAUGUGAGGGUGCGGAGCCCCCGAGACCCGGCUGAGGUGGUGCUAGCGUUGCGUGAGGCAGCGCAAGGCUGCGGCUGCCAGGUCCACCUGGCCGGGCCUUUCCUCCUGUCCUGCACCCACGGAGCAGCCGGCGCCCGCGUGGCCUUUGAGGCCGAGGUCUGCCAGCUGCCCAGCGGGCUGGGCCAGAGCAGCGGUGUAAGGUUCAAGCGUCUGUGGGGGGCGCCGUUAGCCUUUAGAGACAUCGCCACCAAAGUGUCCAAGGAGCUGGAGCUCUGAGGGCGACUGGAGGCGGGGCAGAUUGAUAACAGACAGGACAGGUUGAUGAAUUAGAAGGGAUGAGGAGGAGGAGAAGGAAAAAACCAUCACCUCCUCCUCUUCCUCCCUGGGCUCCACCUCAUCCGAUGCGGCUAGCGAUGCCUCGCCUCCCCCACGGACCCUCCUCUACUGAUGCCACCAAUCACAGCCAGACAAACGGAUGCACAGACAUGGAUAGACCGCCAUCGGCAGACUUACGAUGACCCUUGACCUUGGAGCUGUCAGUGACCUACAACCCCUGCUUGAAACACGCCACCACCUCCAUAUUAUACGAGCCCAUGGAGUCAGGUUUUUUUUUUUUUUUUUUUUUUUUUUUUUCAUGUUUGAUGAUGAUGAGGAUGGUGUUGCUGAGAAUGAUAGCGAUGGCUAAACUGUUGUUGUUGACAUUGUUAUUCCUAUUGUAUCAUAUUUGUUGUCGACAUUCCUUUUUAAAGAGCUGCUAUUUAAAGAAAUGUUUUUAAUUUUUGUGUAUUAAGUUUAUUUUCUUUCUUUAAUGCUUUUAAGAUGGGCAGAAAUUUGACAUCUGUUGUCAUUUCUCAGAAGCAGACGUCACAUAUUUCAGAAGUGAGGUUGCAGUCUGACCUCCGGCCUCUAGAGGGAGACAUGCAGAAAUGCAGAGACUUGUGACAGACUGAGUGAAGCAUCACAGCCUUUCUUCCCAUCCAUUGAUAACACCCAUUCAUUGUUCAGUUGGGAUUUUAAUGUUUGUUUGUACCUUUUCUGGUAAAAUGUUUCUCUGCCUGCUGUCAUUAUCUCCACUGUGUAUUGACAACAGGCAGGUGAGCUGCUUACAGAGGAGCAAAGCUGCCUAAUAAUACAGGUCCUGGCCAAUAACCUGAUCAUUUGAGCAUGCACUGCUCCUUACAUAUACUCUACUUCGCCCAGUGUUUGUCACUUAAAAGUUGGUUUUAAAGUGCAAAGUAGAGAUUAUUUCUACGAAAAAAUUGAUCCCCAUGAGGAACUGUGGUUUGAUUGAGUUCUUAUUACACAACAGGAUGUCUCAGCUUGCCCUGUACUUAUUUUACAGGAGUUCUUGAUUUGAAGUUGAAUGUACGCAGGCAUAAAAAACAAGCUGCUUUACAUUUAUUUUACAUGAGAGGCCUCCACUGAGCAGGUUUAGUCUAUACACAUUAGAAAGCUGGCUUUGUCAGCCAAUCGGAAUGCAUUAUUGUGACACCAGUGUGCGCUAAUUUAACCCCCCACGCAUAUUGUAAGCUUUCACUGAGUGCUCAGACAACUGAAAGAAUAAAAUCUGUACCAAAAAUGGUUAAAUAUUUGAUUAUAAAAAGUUCAUCAAAUCAGAUGUUGUACUGAUUACAGGCCAAGUAGCAUCGCUUUCUGGUGCCAUGCCAUUGUCCUGAUGUCCCAAAAUUCUGAAGCCCCAUGAGUCGAAAAAUGUCCCAUUUGAUCGAAAGCCCAUUUCUCCAGCAGCCUAUUAUCCCAAAACCAAAUGACCAUUGCUCUAAAAUCCAAUUUCUCCGAAAAUACACACUUUCUGCAGUUAGUUUCAGUUUAGCAGCGUUUGAGCCACCCACUCCUGGCGUUUUUACUGACGCUUCACAGCGUUUCCCAGGGGCACUUGAGCCACUGAGCCUGGGUAUUUUUCAGCAACCCAUCCCUGAUUUUCUAGAAGUUUUGUGCCACCAAACAUGGGUGUUUUAAGCCAAAACAUGAUCUUUUCCUAACAAUAGCUGUUGGUUAACCACAUGUUAACCACAACAUUGUUGAAAAAACGUUAAGUUCCAACGUGUCCACUGCACAAUAAUGUACAAAUGUAACGUGGUUUACAGAAAUGUCAAUGGCCAACAUUUCCUCUUGCGACUAGGUUGUCUAACUGCAGAGUAUGCAUUUGCGGAGAAUCGGGUGUUUGUAGCAAAGGAGCUUUUGGUUUUGGGAUAACGGGCUGUUGGAGAAAUGGGCUCUCAGUCAAGUGGGACAUUUUUCAGACUUGGAGGCUUAGGAAUUUUGGGCCGUCAGAACAAUGGACUGUCCCCAGAUUUUUACUCUGAGGAUCACAGUUUUUAUCUGAUGUGAUGGAAAGUCAACACAGUAUGAUACAAUAAAAUGCACAUCCUCACUCCUUUCCCCAUGAGGCCAAUACAGACAUGAGGCUCAAACGUUUUUUCUUGUUGGAUGUCCAACAGUUGAAAGUUAAGCAGCCACAGAUUUGGACCCAGUAAAGGCAGUGCAUUUUUUGUAAGCUGACUUUCAAGCUUUUUCAGUAUUUUUUUCAAUGAUCUCUUCAUCUAAAAACACAUGACCACAGUAGCUUAUACUGGUUUAGAGUAAAUGGAGGAGAUGGUUUUUACUGGUAGCACUUAAAAAUACCACAGUCUGUUCGAACACCACCGCCAUCACUUUCCUCAGAUGUAGUGCAAUAUAGCCACAAAGCCAAGAAUCUAGACUUGAAGCAUCGACUCAACAGGGCUCCUUGUUUGGUUUAUUUUUAAGUUUUUUUGUAUUGCUGAUAUGUUUUUAAAAUUCAUUAAGCACUUUUUUUUUUUUUUUGCUUUUUAGCCACAACUUCAUCGUACUGUACCGGCAAAGUUGUAAAUUAAAGUGGAAAUAGACACGUUUUUUGCUUAUGAAGUAAAUGGUUGCACAGUGUCAUGGCUGUACAAUAAUGAUUGUGUUGUAUAAGCAUUUUGAUUGGUUCCAGUUCCCUAUACGCCUCACUUUUACCAUAUAAUUCUGUCUGCCAGUGGGUACAAUCUCCCGGGAAAAUGACAGCUCAAUUUACAGCACGAAGGAAGUGCAUUAAGCAAAACAGGAAGAGGAUAGCGCUUUUGUUACCAAAGAGUAAGAGUAAGUUCUCUGCAGUUAUUAUCCCCAGUGUUAGAAAUGGUGGACACUGGAACAACCGAAUUAAAUGUGGAAACUGGUAUUUGCUGAGCUCUGAAGGAAAUGGAAAGAAGAACUGUUGUCUUUGUGACAGUGAUGCCAUCAAUAAUACCACUUGGAAAUGAUAGAGGGUUAAAAGUUAAAAAGUUGUCCGUUUCCACUUUAAGUUGUAUUGUUCCUUUGUAAAUUGUUUUUUUUUUUUUUUAAAUCACACUGUCUCACACAUUUAAAGCCCACUGAAGUGAAAAAUUGACAUUUUCAAUGGCCCUCCUUCCUGAGCUUACAUGUAACUCCUAAUAAAAAAAAAACUGCGGUACAGUUAUCCAAAAUGGCGACCUGUCUCCAUGAAGUUUUCUCAGGUUUAAAGCUACAGCAGUUAACUUUUUGAAAAAUAUUUUUUGUCACUUUACUGAAACUGUAGCUGUAUCCUGUCAGUAGUAAAUGAGAAAUAUUAUCUGUUGAAAGAAAAAAAAAAGUUCAUGUUCGUCUAGCUCCUCAUAGUGCUCCUGUGGUCGGAGGGUAAGGAGCUCCCAGACCUCCAUUGUGUUCCCAGUUUGCAUACAUUUUCAGCUGCUGUUCUUCAUUGGGUUAACCGCCAACAGCUACUUUUCUCCUGUGGUGAGUCCCACACUUAACACGUCAUCAAAACCCCACACCUGUGCCGUCCAUGAUCCCUUCCUGUUGGCUUUCUUGUUCAUACAGACCUCGCUCUGGUGCGGUUAGUACCUGUGAUGCCAGCUUAAAGGCGAGACAACUCUGUCCCCCCAUUUUGCGACUGUACCUUGAACGGCAUAACGGCACAGCAUAACAACAUGAAAUUCCGGCCUUGAAGAGACAGUUUAUAUGGGCCUUGAGAGAGCAUGUGUGGUGGAGGGGGCUGUAGAGCGUAACUCCCCCUGGCUCUGAUUGGUUGUUUUUGUUCAGGCAUGGUGUAUUCUUGCAAAUCAUAUUAGGAACACCAGGAGGAGCCAGAGGAACCUGAUUUUUUUUUCUCCACAGAUUAUCUGUCCCAUGUUCUACUUGAGUUGUAGCAAAUAUGACAAAAACUUGUUUUGUGAAAUGAUCUACUGUAGUUUUAACAGUUUUCUUUCCUCCAAUAUUACAUGUAUUCUAAGUUCUUGACCUCAGCAACACUUUUGAUCUAUAGAGACAGUAAACUUUUCCCUAUGUCAACCAAUCAGGCUGCAGCACUGCAGAGACGUGUAUGACUGUUGACCAAUCAGAUUACAGUAUUACUGUCAGCGGUGUAUGACUGUUACAACGUGAUGAGGCGGUGGUUUAAGAUGAAUGACCUUUGAGAAAUUCUUGAUAUCUAUAAAAUCACUUUGCUGCUCAUUACAGAACAAAGUGACCAAGAUUCAACAAAAACACACACACUGAGCGCUCCAUUGAUUAUGUGAAGACACUGACGACUCCAAAAUCAAAAGGUUGUUGUACUUGUAUUGUAACUCUAUAAAGCCAAGCAAUUAUAACUUGUACUUCUAAAGUAUGCAGCAACUAACAAAACACUGAUAUGUAAAAGGAAAGAUAGAUUUCUGACCUUUACGGCUGUAAGGUCUGCAGAAAUGUAUCUGUUUAAUGGGAGAUUUCAGCCGCAGCAGGUAUCCACCACUGUCUGAAAAUGUGAAGCUGUGAUUUAGGGCUAGUUUUUGCAAUUUUCUUUUUGUGUACAACUGGGCCUCGCUCUCUGAACCUGUUCUGUAGAUACAGUUAGGGCCACGCUUUAAGGCUACAGUUCUGUUGUAUAGUGUGUUUGAAGCUGUUGCUGUUAUCAAGAAAACUUAAGUUAUGGGCUAAAAUUACGGAAAUGAUCGACCUGCAAUCCUGCAUGUCUCCUAGGAAAUAAUGUGUGACACAAAAAUAAAGACUUUCAACCUCUUUCAUA